GCGUGGGGAAAUAUACGAUGUUCAUCCCUAAUACUUUUAUGAUGUAGCUACCUUCCUUUUUGCCUUCUUUGCCACUAGUCAAGGUGAUGAGCAAGGCCCGCUCCGACUGCUGCGGGACAAAAAGUACAGCCGUUGACUGACAGAAUGAGAAGGGCAACAUGGAGAAGAAGAAACAAAGGUUUAAUGAAGCCAUCAUAUGUCCAACAUAUACGGUAAUUACUCAGUGCAACGACAGUACCUGUUGUGCAAUCCAACAGAAAGCCAUAAUCCUACGAAAAUUAGAAAAUACAAGCGCACACCAAGUGACAAUAGGGCAACAGGAAGGCUACCUAGGUAUAUACCCUUCGGAUUGGCACGGAUUCUCGAUGAAAAAUUCAGAAUUGUCGUGAUUCGUUAUCGAGCAGCCACUCGAUGCGCAGAAACGAAGCCAUUGCGACCUUUGAACUGAUACUGCCAUUUCUGGCCGCGCCGCAAAACCCGUAUAAGCUGUCUAUAAUUCCCGGUGGGCCUCUCUGUCUCAGGCCUGCUCAAGAGCUCGCCGUAUGGCUUAUCAAUUGUGUCGAGAUAGACGUUGUAUGGGCAAUUCAGACCUGCAAGUAACUCGGAUUCAGACUAUCCUGGUGCCAAAUGGUGCUCAGAAACCAUUUAGACAACAAGAUAAAAAGGGCAAGACUCAACUUGAGUGUGUGUGAAUUGUGG